UCUUCCCACCUAUCUCCACGGAGGCACAAUGAGGUGGCGAGUGAGGAGGACGCAGCAGGCGAGGCGAGGGUGGAUCCGGUGAUGCGCCUAUAAAGGCUGCAACCCGCCACGCUCAGCAUCCACACGCGCCUCGCGACCCACUGAACAUCACGAUGCACGCCUGGCUGGUGCUGCUUUUGGCGAUGGCUGUGGCCGACGCGGUCUUCGAGCCGUCGAAAAGGGCCGACUCGCUGCGCAACAUUGAACUUCUCUCACGCCGCAGCGCCCUCGACAAGAACUUUAUGCGCUUCGGCCGCAGCGGAGACAACUACCUCAGGUUUGGCAAGUCGACAGACGGCUUCAUGCGGUUCGGCCGGGCGGACCUGCCGAACGACAAGGCCAACUUCAUCAGGUUCGGCCGCGCCGGCAGCGACGGCAACGCGAAUUUCAUGCGCUUCGGCAGAAUGAACAGCGAGGAGAGCGAGGAGCGGCCGGCGGUGGCCGCCAACGCAGGGCCCAUGGUGCGCCUCGGCAGACCCUCCGGCGGCCUUGACAACAACAACUUCAUGCGAUUCGGAAGAGACAAAGAAGAGAGUGACGACGAGCAGAGCAGCUAGAUACGUAGAAGAGGCGUCGAGGCAGGAGCAAAUUACCCUUUUGUUUUUGUGUGACUGUGGCUGCUUUCCGACUUUCAAUAAAAAUAUUUCUGAGCCCAAACAAAAGCCAUUUUCAUUUCGCCC